AGGAAACUGCGUCCUCAAGCCUCACAUCCCUCCCUUGGUCCGCUCACCCAACAAACUACACCACAUGGCUAGCAAAUGCUCAAACCCCGAUCCUGGGAAUCCUGAUGAAUUCUGUUUUCAGAGCAGCUUUCCUCUCCGCGCUGGUAUUCUUUUCCUCUCACAAAUUGGCCUAGUGUCAUUCGCCCUGGCAGCCUCGCUUCUCAUUUACUCUAUGAGACAAGCACAAAAAAGGUAUCGCAGGGGCUUUGAAUAUGAACCCGAGCCCAUAUCUGUGUUGUUUCUGUUCGCCAUCUCUCUAGACGCGAUUCAAGGUAUUUCAAAUGUUAUGUCCGUCAAGUGGGCAUUCGAGGGUGAAGUCACCGAAGGAUCGUACUGCACGGCGCAAGCAGUGAUGAAACAAAUUGGCAAUGACGGCGUUGCGUGGUUCACCAUCGCAAUCGCGGUGUUGACCUACCUCCGCGUUUUCCACCCCGGUUUUCUGAGGGAGCGAGGCGAGAAGAUAUUUAUGACAGCAUCAAUUAGCUUCGUCGCCUUAUUCAUCUUUAUCAUGGUGUUGAUUCCUGCUGCCACCCUCUAUCCAUAUUAUGGCGACACUGGAUUGUGGUGUUGGAUUGUCAAGAGGAAGGAAAAUUCGCGACUCCGAAUCGCAAGUGAAUAUGCUUGGAUGUGGCUUGCCGUCUUAGUGGCAAUAGCCGCAUAUGGCGCAAUUGCAUACAGAUUGCUGCGCCAUAGUGACCUCUAUAUUCGCCCCCUUAUGAGGCGGAGUGCCAUUGCUAUGGGAUGGUAUCCCAUUGUUUAUUUUGUAGUGGUUACACCUCAAUCCAUAGUUCGUUUCCUUCAAUUCCAGGCUAACCAGACACACCAUGGAUGGAUGAUCUUUACUUCCGCUAUCUUUUCCUCGGGUGGUACCUUCAACGUCGUUCUGUGGCUCUGGACAGGUAGACGCUUUGGGUUUAGCUCACAAGACCACGAGGUGUCUAGUCUCGGAGACGUUGAGCUGGACCCAGCGUGAUACGCUUGAGUUCGUGAUCAAUACGUGAACUGUAUAUUAAUAUGAUUAUUUACCUAGCGUGAU